AUGGCAGGCGGUCCCCUUGCAGCCAAAGGCAGUCCCGGUGGAGCAGAGACCCACUCGCAGCCCGUGGAGAACCCAUGUCGAGAAGAGAUGCAUGGGGCUGAGGAUGCACGAGAUGAGAACAUGGCCACUUUCCGUGGUUCUGAAUACCUUUGCUAUGACCUGUCGCAAAACCCCAUCCAGAGCAGCAGCGAUGAGAUAACUCUCUCCUUCAAGACAUGGCAACGCAACGGGCUCAUUCUGCACACCGGCAAGUCAGCUGAUUACGUCAACCUGGCCCUGAAAGAUGGUGCGGUCUCACUGGUCAUUAACCUGGGGUCUGGGGCCUUUGAGGCCAUUGUGGAGCCGGUCAACGGCAAGUUCAAUGACAACGCGUGGCAUGACGUUAAGGUGACGCGCAACCUGCGGCAGGUGACAAUCUCUGUGGAUGGCAUCCUUACCACCACGGGCUACACACAGGAGGACUACACCAUGCUGGGCUCGGAUGACUUCUUUUACGUGGGAGGGAGCCCGAGUACUGCUGACUUACCUGGCUCUCCAGUAAGCAACAACUUCAUGGGCUGCCUCAAAGAG